AUGACCGACCAAACUUUAAAAGAAAUUCACCAGUCCUUCAAAGUUAAACAAAGUUCAAAAUUCUUAGAUCCGUGUCCAAAAGAAACUGCUGCUGCUAUGAAAUGUUUAGAUUCCAAUAAUUAUAAUAAAAGUAAAUGUCAGGAUUUAUUCUUACAAUAUCGUGAGUGUAAAAAAAAAUGGUUGAAAGAGCGUAGAGAACUACGGAGAAAAGGAUUGUUGUAA